AUAAAAGACCAAUUUAAAAAUAAAAAAAUGUUCCCGGCGUCAUAAAUUUCCCAUUCAUCUGGUUUUCUUCCUCUCGAGCUCUUUCCGCAGCAGAUCUACGUUCAAUUGCUCGCCUCGUUUACCGCCGUCCAAGCUUGCCGCAGGGAGGAGGCAGCAGCUGUGGUGGUGGUGAUAUUUUGCUUGUAGGUGUUGGUGUGUUGGCUUGCGUAGUUUUGAAAUGAGCUUAGACAACAGGAGCCGAAGCAGGAGCAGGAGCAGAAGCAGAAGCAGGAGUCCGAUGGAUCGUAAGAUCCGAACUCAACGCUAUUCCUAUCGUGAUGCACCAUAUAGGCGGGAUACAAGGCGGGGCUUCAGUCAGAACAGUUUGUGCAAAAACUGCAAAAGACCUGGUCACUUUGCUAGAGAAUGCCCCAAUGUAGCCAUUUGCCACAACUGUGGUCUUCCUGGGCACAUUGCAUCAGAAUGCAGCACAAAAUCUCUGUGCUGGAACUGUCGGGAGCCUGGUCAUAUGGCCGGGAAUUGCCCAAACGAAGGCAUCUGUCACACUUGUGGGAAAGCAGGACACCGUGCCAGAGACUGCUCAGCUCCUCAGUUGCCUCCUGGUGACUUGAGGCUGUGCAAUAAUUGCUUCAAGCAAGGACACAUGGCAGUUGACUGUACCAACGACAAGGCCUGCAAAAACUGUCGGAAAACAGGCCAUCUUGCACGUGAUUGUCAGAAUGAGCCCGUGUGCAAUAUGUGCAAUAUAUCUGGACAUGUAGCUAGAGACUGCCCUAAGGCCAAUAUGCUCGAAGAGAGAGGUCGUGGAGGUGGAGGUAUGGGCGGAGGUGGAGGCGGAUUCAGGGACAUAGUUUGUCGGAACUGUCAGCAGAUGGGGCAUAUGAGUAGAGAUUGCAUGGCGAUGACCAUUUGCCACAACUGCGGUGGAAGAGGUCACCUGGCAUUUGAAUGCCCAUCCGGGAGGUUCAUGGACCGAUUUCCCAGAAGGUACUAACGAUAUUAUUGACUCAGUUUUCACAAGGUGCUAUAGCGCAGUGAUCCCCUAGUUGUUUCCCCCUCUACCCUCUCGCCCCUCCAAUUUCUGUUUGAGUAAGGUUGAUGUUGCACUCGAUAAUCUUUGCUAUUUAACUCGAUUGGUGUAUUUGUUCAUCCUAAUAGACCAGGUUAAAGGUAGUGCCUAUUAGCAGCUGUGAGCAGUUACUUGAAAACUACCUGGGCUUGUUUUUAGCACAUGUCUAUGGAACCCAUUGUUUCUUGUAAUAGCUUUGGAUUUUAAGGUGGAAAGUGUUUUAGUACUGGUUUUCAUGUCUUAA